CGAGUCCAGCAAUGCUCCAAAGGCCUAAUAAAUGCGACGCAACGACGUCGUUUUAGGGGACGUUGUAUCUUCCUGAGUAUAAAUUGGCUGUAGUUGAGAUUGACUUGUCAGAUUUCACCGCUCGUCUUGUCCUCAGCAAAAGGAGCCAAAGCAGUCGAAUUUGAACCUUUUUAAUUCGUAUUCAGCGAAAGCAAGCAUGCCGGGGCAAAAAAUUGAGACUGGUCACCAAGAUGUCGUUCAUGACGUGGCAAUGGAUUACUACGGAAAGCGUCUCGCCACAGCAUCUUCAGACAAUACAAUCAAAAUAAUCGGUGUCAACAACUCCGGAUCUCAGCAUCUCGCAACCUUAACUGGUCAUCAAGGACCGGUGUGGCAAGUCGCCUGGGCACACCCCAAGUUCGGGUCACUUCUCGCGUCCUGCUCUUACGACGGGAAAGUCAUAAUCUGGAAGGAAGGCAAUCAAAACGAGUGGAUCCAGUCCGAAUCAUUCGACGAUCACAAAGCCUCCGUCAACUCCAUCGCAUGGGCUCCUCACGAGCUCGGCCUCUGUCUUGCCUGCGGAUCCUCCGACGGCAACAUCUCCGUCUUCACCGCAAGACCUGACGGCGGAUGGGACAAAUCAAGAAUCGACCAGGCUCAUCCAGUCGGCGUCACUUCUGUUUCAUGGUCCCCGUCAACAGCUCCCGGCGCUCUCGUCGGCUCUGGUCUUCUCGACCCCGUUCAGAAGCUGGCAUCUGGCGGAUGCGACAAUACCGUCAAAGUUUGGAAAUUCGAUAACGGGGUUUGGAGGAUGGAUUGCUUCCCGGCCCUUAACAUGCACGCUGACUGGGUUAGGGAUGUCGCCUGGGCACCCAACCUCGGCCUCCCGAAAUCCACCAUUGCUAGCGCUUCCCAGGACGGGAAAGUUAUAAUAUGGUCGACAGUGAAGGAGGGCGACAAAUGGGACGGGAAAGUGCUGAAGGACUUCGGCACGCCUGUCUGGAGGGUGUCGUGGUCGUUAACUGGAAACAUUCUCGCUGUCGCUGAUGGGAAUAAUAAUGUGACUCUUUGGAAGGAGGCUGUCGAUGGAGAAUGGCAGCAAGUUACUACAGUCGACUCGUAAUAAUUAAGAUUCGAUGAACUGUCUUACACCAGGUACGCUUCUCGUAUCUUUAUAUUUCUGACUGUUUUCAUUACAUGAAGUUUGGUAUUGAUCUUUGUUGAUGUGCUUUUUUGGAUCUUGAGCAUGAAACCAAAUCGUGUGUGUUUUUAAUCUCAUAGAUUUUCUCCUUUGGGACUAUAUCAUGCAGAAAUUUUUAACUGCCUUGAUCUCUGCUUCUGUUUAA